AUGAAAUUGCCGGAACCACCAUUGGCGGGACGACGUCCUGUUGAAGAUUCAUCAAGUAAAGAUAAUGGACCGAUAAAAGAAGACCCACCCAUUCCCUCAGAGAAUUUAAGCAAUAAGAGUGAAACAGUACAAGAUCAAGAGAAGCUCAAGGCUAAGGAGAAUGUAAUAUUGGAGGAAACACGGGUGACCCAAACCCAAACCUCACGUUCUUCACCUCCUCUUCAACAAGGGACUAAUAAUCAUCAAAAUGGCCCCCAGGAAGCACACCGACACCGUUCUACUUCGCUUCCUUCAGUACGAAAAAAAGAUAAUCGUUUCAUCGAAUUGAACAUCUUAGAUGAUACUGAAGAUACAUCAAGAGAAGGAGCAACUCCAUCUGCUACAAUGCCCUACAAAGUGGCUCCUGCCCUUAUGGACACUGCAAUGUCUAUUUGGGAUAGAUAUGGUGACAUUGGGAUCAACUGCUCCCUUAAUUCGAUACAGUUUCGUUCCGCAAUAUACGCUCUUAUCUGCAAAGUAGUCCUUGAGAUGAACAAAGUAGGCUACAAUAGCGUGGACCGUAAGACAGUGAAGAAGUGGCAAGAUGAGGUGGUGGACGCAGAAAAGAGUGGUUGGGAGGUGGGUUGGUUGAAGGAACGUGUAGAGGAAGUAGCCUGCAAUAUUGAUGCAGCUGAGCUUCUUCAUGAGGUGAAGAAGAGGAGAGAAGUGGAGAGAGCCAAGUUGAAGGAGUUUGAUGAAGAGAUCCAACGAUACCUUACUCUUGCAAGGAUUUUUAGCAGGAAAGCCUUUGAGCUGAAAGCAGAUAAAUCAGAAAAGUCUAAAUUGCUUGAAGGAAAGGUGCGUGUCCCUAAAAUACUUGCUAAAGCAGUCGAGACAGUAUCCUUGUGGGGGACAAAAGCUGUAGGGGAUGGUCUCUUGGAUACCAUUUCCUCCCAGCAACCUCAAGAUGGGGCUAGUUGA